ACGUAGAAAAAGAAAAGGCUCUGGCAAACCACGUUUCGUUGUACGAAUCGAUGUGCGUGCCGGAUUUAAAUUCGUAUUUAGAGUACAGCCAUCCCAUCCUCCCCGGGGAGGACAGAAAACCUAUCAUUACGACCCCAGUACCUGCACACACCCCGACGCCGGCCGCACCAGCCCCAAUAAACAACAAUUUUUUACACGAAGGAGGUUAUGGGCCACUUAGUAGAAGUCCGGCGUGCCCUCCCUCGGAAGAUAUUAGAGAGAAUGGAUCACCUCCCCCAACGGGACCACCUCCGACGAGUUUUUUAAAUCUUCAAAGGAGUUAUCAUCAACUUAAAGAUAGUUUCACUAAAGGUUCGUGCGCACCUCCUUCUGGAGAACCUACAAAUUACGAAGGCUUAGAUAGUUUGCAAACUAUAAGCAGUGAUGAACAUCAUCACUAUUUAUCAAACCCAAAUCAUUAUCCUCCAGAGGAGCAAGAAUAUCAUUCCUUAGAGCCAGGCAAUCAACCUCAGUCAUAUUUAGAAAGUUCACCCGAGUUUUAUGCCGCAAAUAGUCUUUUAGAAACCAAAUAUCAUCCUCAUAGUUACGUUAAAGGAUACGUGAGAGGUAGUGGGCGAUACAAUGAUGGUUACGGUGAGGCAUACGGUUCGCCGUACGACGGGAGUCCAUUCCAAACGGUACCCAGUGGCGCGAAUUCAUCAGGUCCUGAACAAUGGUCGCACAAUCCAUCAGACUUAGCAUCUAUAGCCCACGCGCAUUCGCACACGCAUCCCGCAUUUCUCUCGGCGGGCAUGGCGGGCAGAGACGCGAUGAAUCCUCUGGGUCCAGACACGAAACCCAUCAUCCAAAACGGAAUGAUGGGCAACUACCCAUCCAGCGGAGGCGCGGGGGGUCCGUGUUUUACAGGAUCGGGACCAAUACAGCUAUGGCAAUUUUUACUAGAAUUAUUAACCGACAAAUCUUGUCAAGGAUUUAUUUCUUGGACCGGAGACGGUUGGGAGUUUAAAUUAACCGAUCCAGACGAAGUGGCGCGGCGUUGGGGGAUUCGCAAGAAUAAACCUAAGAUGAACUAUGAAAAGUUGUCGAGAGGUUUGCGCUAUUACUACGAUAAAAAUAUUAUACAUAAGACUGCUGGCAAACGUUAUGUUUAUCGUUUUGUUUGUGAUCUACAAUCAUUGCUCGGUUAUAGUCCAGAAGAAUUACACGCGAUGGUAGAUCUCAAACCUGAAAAAAAAGAAGACGACUGAUGAAUUUUUGCUAGCGCAAGUAUUGUCCUCGCCCGCUACAGAUCAAAAUUCAGUUUCUCA